UCUCGCACGUGUGGCAUGCCCGCAGCGAUCUCGCAUCUCCGCAACCGCAGGUGAACUCCAGAUCGCAACUUUUUUUGGUUUUGGUUUAGUUUCGUUUGCUUGUUUUUUUCCCCCCUCCCUCCCCGGUCUUUCCCGUCGCCAGCAUGUCCAAGCCGGCCGACCACAUCAAGAGACCCAUGAACGCCUUCAUGGUCUGGUCCCGGGGCCAGCGGCGGAAGAUGGCGCAGGAGAACCCCAAGAUGCACAACUCGGAGAUCAGCAAGCGGCUGGGCGCCGAGUGGAAGCUGCUGUCGGAGGCCGAGAAGCGGCCGUACAUCGACGAGGCCAAGCGGCUGCGGGCGCAGCACAUGAAGGAGCACCCGGACUACAAGUACCGGCCCCGGCGCAAGCCCAAGAACCUGCUGAAGAAGGACCGCUACGUCUUCCCGCUGCCCUACCUGCACGGCGACUCGGAGCAGCUCAAGGGCUUGCCGCUGCCGUCCGACGCGCUGCUGGGCCCCGUCGACAAGGCGGCGGGGCGCGCCUUCCUGCCGCCCGCCUCCGCCUCGCCCUACUCGUCCUUCCUGGACGCGGCGGCCGCCGGCUUCGGACAGAAGAUGGCCGACGUGCCGCACGCCCUGGGGGCGGCGGCGGCCGCCGCCGCCGCCGCGGCCGCCGCCGCCGGCGUGCCCUACUCGUCGCUGGGCUACCAGGGCGGCGCCUUCGGGGCGCUGGGCUGCCCCGCGCAGCCGCACCCGCACCCGCACGCGCACACGCACACGCACACCCACCCGUCGCCCACGAACCCGGGCUACGUGGUGCCGUGCAACUGCAGCGCCUGGUCGGCGUCCAGCUUGCAGCCGCCCGUGGCCUACAUCCUCUUUCCGGGGAUGAGCAAGACUGGGAUUGACCCCUACUCGUCCGCGCACGCCGCUGCCAUGUAACCGCGCGCGAAACGACAAACAAACAAACAAACAAACACGCCGACAUCGAAAGAAAACAACAACUCGGACUCUUUUCAACACGCGUGUGCAGAAAAGCACGCGGAGGAAAGCCCGAAGGACUUUUCACGUUUCCUCGUGGCAGGAUUGUAAGAAAUGUAAAUGUUUAUACGGCAGCCUGCGAGAAGACAACAACAACAACAACAACAACAACAAAAAAGAAUAAGGAGGCCUUUAACUUUAUUUAUUGUGUACAUUCCAAUGAUGAUUUGUCUUGAUUAUUAUUGAGAAACUAUUAUUACUCCCCACCCCUCAAUUGGCACUCAUUAGAUACGGGUUAUACUGUUUACACUCCCCCGAGAAAUGGCACUUAAA